UCUUAAUCAAUGUUUUAUUUUCCUUAAUAUUUCCAUCAAAACCAAUAACACCUAAUCAAACAGGAUCAACAUUGACAAACACCUUCCUCAAUGGAUUCAACCUCCAUAUCAUUCUCUCUUGUAUCUCAUAUGCUAGUUCUCUCAGCCAGUUUAGGGCUUUUACUACCAUGUGUUAAAUGUAGUUCGGAUUUUAGCACCUUGGUGUACAAGAAAUGCUCGAACCAAACAUACAAUGGUUCCACCGAGUCUCACUCACAAACCCUUUCUUCCCUUUUCCAAGAACUCUUACCACAGUCCUCUACUUCCAAGUUCUUUAAAACCACAGCCGGCGACGAAAAUGUUGGCAUUUCUGCUUUCUUUCAAUGCAGAAAUGAUUUGAGAAACGACGAGUGCUAUAACUGUGUAAACACACUUCCCAAGGUAUCAAACAGCCUAUGUAAACAAGCUCUAGCAGCUAGGGUUCACCUUGAUGGGUGCUAUUUCAAGUAUGAAACCGAUGGGCUUGUCGAGGAGACCUCUACGCAUGAAUUGCUUCAUCAAACAUGCAGCGAAAAAAAGGUGGUGGGUCAUGGUUUCGAAGAGUUGAAGAAUGCAGCCUUCGCAGCAAUGGAGAGCGGGGUGGUGAGUGAAGGAGGGUUCUAUGAGACAAAUUAUGAGUCUUUGCAUGUUAUGGCACAGUGUCAGGGUGAUUUAAAGGGUUGUGAUUGUGGUGAAUGUAUAAGUUCUGCAAUACAAGUAGCUGAAGAGAAAUGUGGCGCCUCAAUUUCUAGCCAAGUUUAUAUGGACAAGUGCUUUAUGAGCUAUACUUACUAUCCAGAUGGGAUACCAGGCAACUCAUACCCAGGAAAAGAGAGCAAUUAUGGAAAAAGUACAGGGAGGACAGUAGCAAUCGUUGUGGGAGGGGCAGUAGUCUUGGGAGUUGGAUUCAUCUUGUUGAAGUUCUUCAAAUCUUGUGGCAAGAAAGAGGAUAUAUAAAAUUAUCUAGAUGAAGAUCAACUUUGAUUUCUUGAAGGAUGGGCUAUCGAGCUAUCUUUUCUGCCUUUUCAAUCUAAGAGGAAAACAUAUGUCAGGGUGGUUGAACUUGAAAAGAGAAGGUGGAGGAAGAUUAACUUGCGUGCGCCGGUGGGGAUUCAAUGGUUAGAUGAGUCCUUAAACUGGUUUGAAGAAGACUAUUUCUUUGAGAAAUAAGAUUUGUUGUGGAGUAUCUAGAGAUUUAAAUUCAUGGAAUCUUGAUAUGGUAUUGUUCUAUGUCCUUCUCUUAGUAUAUUA